AUGCCCGGAUCCCUCCAAGUGAGCGGCGCAGCCGAGCGCCAACUCGCACACCGCGAGAAGGACCACGUCGCCGGCCAUCCCAUAACAACCCAGGAGCCCACCGAUCCCCCCCCGGAUGGCGGUUUUCACGCCUGGGCCCAAGUCGUGUCGGGCCACCUCGUCGUCGCCCUGACCUGGGGCUACGCCUCGAGUUUUGGGGUGUUCCAGAGCUACUACGAGACGACGCUUCAGGCGUCGCCCUCGGACAUCUCCUGGAUCGGCGGCUUCCAGGUCUUCUGCCUGCUCUUCGUCUCCACGCUGUCCGGGCGCGCCACCGACGCCGGCCUCGCCCGGCCCGUCAUCGCCCUGGGCGCUGCGCUUCUCGUCCUCGGCACCUUCAUGACCAGCCUGGCGACCCAGUACUGGCAGAUCUUCCUUGCCCAGGGUCUCUGUAUUGGGAUUGGCCAGGGCCUGAUGUGGCUGCCUAGCGUGACUCUCAUUUCGACCUACUUCGUGCGGCGCCGCGUCUUCGCCGUCACUGCCGCCGCCACCGGGACGAGCACCGGAGGCAUGAUAUUUCCUGCCGUGAUCCAGCACCUGACCCCCAAAAUCGGCUUCCCGUGGGCUGUGCGCUCCAUGGCCUUCAUCGUACUCGUCAUGUCGAUUGUUAUCGUGGCCCUGAUCCGCACCCGGAUCCCUGCGCGUAAAUCGGGCCCCUUGGUGGAAUGGGCCGCAUUCCGGGAACCGUCCUACAUGCUUUUCACCUUCGGCAUCUUUCUUCUAUACUGGACCCUCUAUUUCGCCUUUUUCUAUAUCCAAGUCUAUGCCGUCGAAGAUCUGGGCCUAUCGCAGUCUGACGCCGUUAACUUGAUCAUCGUCAUCAACGCCUGCGGGCUGCCAAUCCGAGCGCCGUGUGGUUACCUGGCGGACCGCUUCGUCGGGCCGUUGAACUGCCUGAUCCCAUGGGUCGGGCUCUGCGGCCUUCUCAUGUUCUGUUGGGCCGCCGUAGGCACCGUUGCCGGACUGUACGCCUUCGCCGUCUUCUACGGCCUCGCUUCCGCCGCUGCCAUGGGCUUGUUCGCCGGCACGGUGCCGUCACUGACCAAGGACCUGGACAAGAUUGGCACCCGCGUCGGCAUGAUCAUGACUCUUAUGAGCUUGGGUCCCCUCACCGGCCCAUCAGUGGCCGGCGUGCUUAUCGCGCGGACCGGUGGUCGUUAUUGGGCCGCACAGACUUGGGCCGGCGCGUCGCUGUUGUUGAGCACGGCGGCGUUGAUUGGGGCGAGACUCUACGCCUCCGGUUUGAAGUUAAAGGUUAAGAUGUGA